CCGAGAUCGGAUUUUCAUUAUAAAAUUACAAGCUGAGCCGACAAGGCUGCCGAACAGGUUAUUCGGAGGUAUAGGAGCGCUUGGCGACGCGACGAGUUGUGUUUAGUCGAUAAAAAGCUCAACGGAGAGGAGGGCGAGCAUUGCAGGUGUUGCAAUUGGGGAAUCAGGAGCCGACAGCGCCGUCACCAUGCCUUCACCAUUCUCGCGUGCCAAUGCCGCGCGAUCAUCGGCCGUGAUGUUUCUCCUGUUCCAGCUUCGUUUGGGAGCGGUUAUGGCCAACGGUGCAGCGACCACGCCCGUGUGGAACGUGGGUCGGAACGGGAAUCGUUCAGACCCGCCCCGACCGCUGGACGUGGUUGCACUCGGCGAAGGGACCGAGGACGGGGAAGAGAACGUCGUCGCGGCGGUGGAGCCCGGGGAUGUCGUCCUAGGGGGACUGUUCAUGAUCCACCAAGCGGGCGAGGGGGGCGAGUGCGGGGCGCUGGCCAACCAGAUGGGCCUGCAGGCACUGGAGGCCAUGCUAUACACGGUGGACGCCAUCAACAACUCCACCUUCCUGCCGGGAUUUAAACUGGGCGUCCGGGCGCUGGACGACUGCAACCAGGAGUCCCGGUCGCUGGAGCGGUCACUGGAGUUUGUGCGCCGGCCCGUCUGCGAGAACGACUCUGGGGUCGGGCAGGGUCAGGGACAGAGUCCCGAGUCGGCCCAGGUAGUGGGCGUGGUGGGCUCUGCCUCCAGCCUCAGUUCCAUCACGGUGGCCAACUUGCUGAAACUGUUCAAGAUGCCACAGAUCAGCUACUGGUCCACCAGUCCUGACCUGAGCGACACCCGCCGGUUCCCCUAUUUCUUCCGCGCCGUGCCGUCCGAUCAGUUCCAGGCCCAGGCCAUGAUCGACAUCGUGCUGCACUUCAACUGGACCUACGUCUCCAUCGUCUUCGAGAACUCCAACUACGGCGUGCAGGGGAUCGAGGAAGUUAAGCGGCUGGCUGCCGACCACGACGUGUGCGUGGCAGUCAAGGAGAUGAUCCCAAGGGAUGGGAACGAUUCGGAUUUCGACGGCAUUGUGGCGAAUCUGCUGAAGGCGACUGAUGCACGAGCUGUCAUUCUCUGGGCUCUGGACGAGUCGGCAGACAGGUUUUUUGAAGCCCUCAGGCGCGCCCACUCCACGCAGAAGUUCACAUGGAUCGGCAGCGACUCCUGGAGCGGGAGACAACUGUCCACGUUUGGCAACGAGGAUCUGGUGGAGGGCGCUAUUACCAUACAACCCAUGUCAGUUCCUCUACCGGGUUUCGACGACUACUUCACCAGCCUGAACCCCAUGACCUAUGACCGUAACCCCUGGUUCGGGGAGUUCUGGGAGGAGCAUUUCAACUGCACCCUCCCGCGCAACACCAACACGACGGCCGUGCGUGGGCCCUCCAAGCGGCGUAGAUGCCCGGAAAACUUGAAACUUGGGAGUGAAAACAACUACUCCCAAGAGGGUCAGAUCCAAUUUGUGGCAGACUCCGUCUGGGCAUUUGCACACGCCCUCAGAGACAUGCACAGAGCCCACUGCUCGGGGGACGGUCUUUGUAAACGGAUGCAGCCGGUCAAGGGGCACGAGCUGAGGGAGUUUCUCCGAAAUGUCUCCUUCCAAGGUGUAUCUGGCACCAGGUUUCGCUUUACUCCCAACGGCGACGGACCAGUGCACUACAAAAUCCUCAACUAUCAACAGGUGUCUCCCAACAAGUACAAGUUUAUUGAGGUGGGCUCUUACAAGGACAGCCUGACGUUGAAUGUUGGUGCUGUGCGUUAUCGCCUCCAGGAUGAUCACUUUCCUAAGUCCUCCUGCUGGCGCCCCUGCAGACACAACGAGAUGAAGUUCAAGCGGGACGGGGAGUGCUGUUGGAGCUGCCUGCUGUGCCAGCAAUUCGAGUACCUCCAAGACGAGUUCACCUGCACCGAGUGCCCUAACGGCACCAAACCCUCGGCAAACCUCACCGAGUGCACCGACAUCCAAGUGAGGUACCUGCAGCCCAACACGUCCAGCGCUAUAUCGGCACUCGUGUUUGCGACCGUCGGCGAAUUUGCCACGGUGUUCACGGCCUGCGUCUACGUCAAGCAUCGAGAUACUCCUGUGGUGAAGGCCUCGGGACGUGAGCUGAGUGGUCUUCUCUUGAUUGGAGUCUUCAUGUGCUAUGCACUCACCUUCCUGUUUCUGACCCCACCUUCUACUGUCAUGUGCGGCUUGCAGCAGUUCCUGAUGGGGAUUGCAUUCACUUUAUGCUACGCGUCCGUGCUGGUCAAAACAAACAGGGUGUACAGGAUCUUCACCUACGGAAAGACCACAACCAAGAGGCCCAAUUUUAUCAGUCCCUUGUCGCAGGUUGUCAUCACACUGAUCCUUGUCUUGGUCCAGGGGUUUCUUUCUAUCACCUGGCUGGCUGCCGUGCCUCCAGGCUCAGUCAAACAUUACCCAAAUCGGGAGGAAGUGCAGAUAGUCUGCAAUGCGUUCCUGACAUCAACGUCGCUCCUCGGACUAGCGUUUCCACUCGUUCUGCUUGUCCUAUGCACGGGGUUCGCUUUCAUGACUCGCAAGAUCCCGGGACAUUUUAAUGAGGCUAAGUUUAUCGGAUUCACCACGUACUCGUCUUGUAUUGUGUGGCUGGCUAUGAUCCCCGUAUACGUGUUGACCGUGUCAAAUAUUGAACUACGGAUUGUGUCCAUGUACAUAGCGAUCAGCCUCUGUGCGACAGUGUGUCUUGCCUGCCUGUUUGUACCCAGAAUCUAUUUGAUUCUGAUACGUCCAGAGAGGAACGUUCGAAUAACCAUCAGUACCGGGCCACGCAAAAUGAAACUGACCGGCUCGGUGUAUCCCAACUCGUCUAGUAACAUCAGCAACCACAGCCCAUAUUCGCAUGUACCGGAUCAGGGACGGAACAACACUUUGUGACAAGUAUGGGGAAUGGAGCAUCUUCACUGGCAAUGGAGUCAAGUCGGUCCAAAGACGGGGGCAGGAUUCCCUUGUAAACGCACUGACUUGGACCCAUUCAGAAACGGGUUUGAAAGUUCAGUCAGAAACGGCUUGAUCUGGUCCGAAUGGCUCACUUUGCCGUUAAUUAAAUGAAAUGUAGAUACAGGGUGGCAAAAACUACACAUCAAUGUGACAGCGAACUUUUUUCUUACAAGUGUUUGUUGUGUGUUUGAUCAAUUAUACUGCCGGACACCUUCUGGGCAUGAGCUUGGGCAAUCAGUCUCUGUCGCACAUGGCCUCGGCAGCAAAUUAAACAAAGUGGUUUCUUGCUAAAGAACUACACUUUUCUGAUAUGGAUUGUAUUAAAAACCUGCUCAAACUUGCACCAAAACCAAAACGUGAGGAUUCACCCAUACCAUUUUAAUACAGAGAGGCAGAAAAAAAAAAUGGUCAA